GCGGAGGUGAGCGGCGUCCUCGGAGGUGGGGUGGGGUGUCGCUGAGCUCGCGGCGACCGCGGACACCUGCGUGGGCAGAGGCGACAGCGCGGCCGGUGUCGCCACCGAGAAGCAUUCUCUAGUUUUACAGUCAAAACGUGGGGGGGAAACCAAAAAUCGGGUUUUCCCAGAGAAAUAUUAACCUCACCGAAAGCACCUGCUUGCCGGGGACAGAGCUUCCCAGGUGCUAGGAUACAGGCUUACACCACCAUGCCCAGCUUUGCAUUCGCUCUUAAGUACAAGUUAAUCUUCCCCUUGAAACAUCUCUUAUGGGAGCCUGAGAGGCAGCUCAGUGGAUGGAAGUACUUGCUGCUAGGUGUGGCCACCUGAAUUCAAUCCCCGCAGCCCUUGUGGAUGUGAUGGAGCUGCUUGAAGAAGAUCUCACAUGCCCAAUUUGUUGCAGUUUGUUUGAUGAUCCCCGAGUUUUGCCCUGCUCACACAACUUCUGCAAAAAAUGUUUAGAAGGGCUCUUAGAGGGGAAUGUGCGGAAUUCAUUGUGGAGACCAUCUCCUUUCAAGUGUCCUACCUGUCGUAAGGAAACUUCAGCAACUGGAGUCAAUAGUCUGCAAGUUAAUUACUCCCUAAAGGGUAUUGUGGAGAAAUACAACAAAAUCAAGAUUUCUCCCAAAAUGCCAGUGUGCAAAGGACACUUGGGACAGCCUCUCAACAUAUUCUGUGUAACUGAUAUGCAGCUGAUUUGUGGGAUCUGUGCUACUUGUGGUGAUCACACUAAGCAUGUCUUCUCUUCUAUUGAAGAUGCCUAUGCUCAGGAAAGGGAUGCCUUUGAGUCCCUCUUUCAGAGUUUUGAGACUUGGCGCCGGGGAGAUGCUCUUUCCCGCUUGGACACUUUGGAAACAAACAAAAGGAAAUCCCUACAGUUGCUCACUAAAGAUUCAGAUAAAGUAAAGGAGUUUUUUGAGAAGUUACAACACACAUUAGACCAAAAGAAGAAUGAAAUCCUGUCUGAUUUUGAGACUAUGAAGCUUUCAGUUAUGCAAGCCUAUGACCCAGAGAUCAACAAACUCAACACUAUUUUACAGGAGCAACGGAUGGCCUUUAACAUUGCCGAGGCUUUCAAAGACGUGUCAGAACCUAUUAUAUUUCUGCAACAGAUGCAGGAGUUCAGGGAGAAAAUCAAAGUAAUCAAGGAAACUCCUUUGCCACCCUCUAAUUUGCCCACAAGCCCUUUAAUGAAGAACUUUGAUACCAGUCAGUGGGAGGACAUUAAACUAGUCGAUGUGGAUAAGCUUUCUUUGCCUCAAGACACAGGCGUGUUCAUUAGAAAGAUUCCCUGGCGCUCCUACCAGUUGUUGAUGGUGGUAGUUCUGCUGGGUCUCCUCAUAUUCUUUGGUCCUACCAUGCUUCUGGAGUGGUCUCCAUUCGAUGAGUUGGCAGCUUGGAAAGACUAUCUUUCAAUUGUCAGUUCUUACCUGACUAAAUCGGCUGAUUUUGUAGAGCAGUCUGUUUUUUUCUGGGAACAGAUGACAGAUGGGUUUUUCAUUUUUAGUGAAAGAGUCAAAAAUUUUAGUUUGGUGGCACUGAAUACUGUUGCAGAAUUUGUGUGCAAAUAUAAACUACUAUAAAAUCUUUCAACUAAA